AUAUGUAAUUCGAGACUAGGUUAAAGGAUAUGACACCUUGCACAUUUUUGGUAGUUGUGUUAGACAUUUAUCGUGUUCGUCUUCCUUUCAUCGUUUUGAAAAGAAAUUUGAAUGGUGACGAACAGGGGCAUUCAUAUACUGGUAUUUUUAAAAGAGAUUCAGAAUGUAAGGUAGAAUAUCAACAUACACAAUGCGCAGAGUUAAAGCAUUGACGGAGCGUUUUCGUCCGACGUCUUCAUCAGACGUUAACACGUUAGAAAUGCUACUCAAUGACCGACGCGUUCAUUUUCCAUGUGUAGUCUCCAUGUCUACUGGUAAUGGGGACGUGCAAGAAGAUUCUGGACAAAUGGUGUUACUGGAAGACAGUGUGAGACGUAUAAAAUUUGUUCGUUUGGAAGUUGUUGAUGGGGCGAUUGGACCAGAUGGAGAAAUAGGUAAAGGUGCAGCCAGUUUUUCUGAAAAAUACAUUUGCCGAUAUACACAGCCUUCCGGUAAGUGAAAUUAUUUGAUCGCCAAUUUUUUACACUUAUUUGCUAAGGUUAUAUCAAAACACACAAUUUCGUUUCAGUAGAGUUCUAUGAAAGAUUAUAAUCUAGAAACAUGUUCUGAUCAUGUGUGACCCUCAUGGAAACAUGUUCUAAUCAUGUGUGACCCUCAUGAUCAAGAUGUAGGGUUUGUAAAUUGAUAGUGUUCGGAAUUACAUACCACAUUCAAGGACUGAUCCAAAUACCGAACGAUUGACUAAAUUUGAUCCUUUUUUAUGUUGCAUGUCUGAUGACUUAUAAUAAUUGGUUUUGUUUUUCUUUUGCAGUAAUGAGCCGUCAAGUUGGAGAGAAGAGGCAGUCAUACGACCCCUGUAUGAUGGAUCAAACUGCCGAGAUCGCAGUCUAGAGUGCCGAACAACUCUGGUGGGUCAGGAAAUGUUGAUUCCGCUAACGUUCGAUUGCAAUAUGACACUUUUAAACAAAGCAUAUGCGCGAAAGCGUAUCAAAGGCAAUGAGGAGAUGCUGCUCUGUAGAUAUAGCCACGUUUAUGCUACGAAUGGACUGCGUUUACCUUUGGCAAAUUGCUCGACAGGUUUUUCUUCUCCAUGUUACGUUCCUAUUCCAGAUGGAACACGACUUGAGGUCACUUAUGUCAAAAACAGCACAGAGGUCAAUAUGUUUGCAACCGACUCCAACAACGUUUAUUACAAAAUAACUGAAGAGAAUGUUCAUAAAUUGGAGGCAAAAAACACUAAAUCUACGAUGUCCUUGCAAGAGCUAGUUGUGUCUUCCCAGUUACCAAGAGCAGUUCAAUUUCAACAAAUUGAAGAAUCAGAUAUAGCGACAAGCGACAUGGGUUGUCGUAACAAAAUUGUCAAAUACUUGCGUGGCUUAGUCAAAGUAAAAAGAGUGGAGGAAUAUGAAUUAAUUGUAGCAUGGCGCCAUAAAGGUAUCUCCCAUAAAUAUUCGAUCGAUGUCAUGCUGAUUCCGAACGAAAUGGCUAAGAAUCUUGUUGUGAAACCAUACUGUUUUAAAACCACUGAAAGUAGUAAAGCAUUUAUUGCUAAACACUUUGAUAAUUGCAGUUGGGACAAUUGUGUUGGUAAACAACUGUAUGAAUACCAAAGGACGGACUCAGAGGUGUCCAUAAUUGGCGUACUGAAUGUUACUGUUUCAAGCAGCAAUGUAAACAAAUAUACCGGCAUGUUAUCAAGGGAAGAGCAAGCUAAAAAUCGCGACCUAGCACAGAGAAAUAAAGAUGAUAACCGAAAUGCUAAAGACCAAGUUAGACGUCAAGAGAUCCCUAAAAUGAGCGAUGAAAGAGCGGAAGGAUGCGCAAAAUACACAUGCAAUAGUUCAGAUGAGGGUAUUGGGGUACGCUUUGAUUUAGCGGAAACAAGUCUGAACGAUUACGAAGAAAUCGGUGAAUAUGUGGUUCUAAAAAAUGAUAAAGAAAUGGUUAUUCAUAAACAAGAAAGAGAACAUGAAGCUAAUGCCAUCAUAGAUGAAGAUGAAUCGAAUCUCUAUGACGAGAUUUCUAUUUAGUUUCAAAUACUAAAAUUUGAAAAUCAAGAAGGAAAGAACUGAUACAAAAAAGUGUUAGCAUUACCUAUAUUAUGUUUUGGGUCCGCUAUUUUAAAUAAGAGAGUACACGGUUUAAUGGAUAUAGAUAUUGUUCAAUGUUUUUUUUCUGUCUUUAAUUGAAAUUAGAUUGAUUUAUGCCAUAGUUUUCGUGUGUUAUACAAAUACAUUUAAUGAUUUUCAUUAUGCUUUUACCGUUUAUACACACCAACAGAAACAUACAUUUUGCGAUCUGAAAUUUAGUAAUCUAAAUAAUAGACGUAAAGUUUUCAAAGCGCCAAUUGCAUGUUUCACUUGGUUACACAGAAUUUAAAUCGCUAAAGGAUAUUAUAUUAAGCCACGUGAAUUAUAUAUUCCUUACAAUUAUCAAAUCUCAAUUUUGUUCAUGAAAAUGAACAAAUGCACAAAUGAGAAUUUUACAAAUUGACAGACUAUAACUUAAUUGUUAGUUUCAUAAGUAACGAAGACCCCGUCUCCUAUCUUGUUUGUGAUUGUUAAGCUAUGUAUUUGCCAUGUAUGAAAGAAAACGUCAAAUUUUAUUUGGAUCGCUAUGAUCGUAGAUAAAACAUGUGACAUUCCCUCCGUCCCAACAGGAAUCAUUUCUGGUACGUGAACUGACCUUGUAAGACUAAAUACAAUUAUGCCUUCACUUGACAAAACAUGUUUUUGUGUGAAAUGAUUUAAAUUAAUGCGUAGACCAUAGAGACGAAUUCAGCUUAAUAUGUUUACGUUCCGUAUAUGUAACAGUUUGAAGCACCAGCUGGAUCGUGUUUUCGUUAUAUGAUAUUUAAUAAUAAACGU